AUGACCUGCUUACCAGUGCUUCACUGGCACAUGCACGAGGUUCAGUACUUGCUAAUCGAAGACACUCGCGGCGAAGGCCGGCCCAACGAUCUGAAGACAAACGGCAACACUCUCAAUCCGGAAGUCUGGACAUAUCUGUUUUUCGAACAGUGUCUAGAAUCCUCCGAGCAUAUGUCACAAGGUGGCAAAGAGUCUAGGUGGCCAGCUUUCCUUCUUGAUCAACGUCAAUUCCAACUCCCAUACCCUCCCUCUCUAACCUUCUAUCAAACUGCGCACUAUCUCCCACCCACCCUUUCUUUUCCCUCCAUCCAAACCAACCACAGCUUCAUAACAUCUCUUUACCCACCAGUAUAUGCUACAACCUUCUACGCCCCAAACGACUCUCAACCCAACAGCGCGCCUCAAAACCCGGAAUAUCCACCAAUACAUCUCUCGAAACCCCCACAAUCGAUUCAUAGGCCGAAGCACCCGCAAGAUUCCGCUGAAGAGGAACGUCUUGGAUAG